AUGUUCAAACGGCCGCUCUGGCAACUUGCCUCUAGAGCCAUGGCUUCCUCAGCCACCACCCCAGUCAAGCACCGUUUCCUAGUCUAUGCCCCAGACAAGACAGAGCCAGGCACCCUCGAACGCAGGCUGUCUGUCAGGGAAAGCCAUCUCGCAGUGGCGAAGGAAAACAUCGCGAGUGGAUUUAUUCGUGUCGGUGGUAUGAUGACCACCCCAGAGGCUCUCACGAACCCAGAUGCACCAAAGAAGAUGGUCGGGUCGGCCUUAAUCUGUGAGGCAGAAACGAUAGAACAAGUCAGGAAGAUGGUUGAGUCAGACAUCUAUUAUACCUCGGGAGUUUGGGAUCCAGAAAAGAUCGUUAUUUUGCCUUUCUUCGCUGCGACGCCGAUUCCUUGA